AUGGGUAUCGGAAUGGAAAGGGUAGUUAUAUCAAUCUUUGCUAUAGUUGCUGUCUUGGUGUUUCUCAUCGUAUUCUUCAGGCAAGUCUUGCAUCUUGUUAUAGGCCACUAUGCCAUGGCUGCCAUUAAUGCUUCUAGAACAGAUCAACCAACUGGUAAUCAGAGACUCGAAGCCAGGCAAGUCCAAUCGCAAGAUCCCUUCCAUCGAGGGCUUGAUCCAUCAGUCAUCACGAACCUGCCGGUGUAUGUUUACAAACAAACUGAUCAGAUUGAUGAGAAUGGCACAAGAGAAUGUGUGGUUUGCUUGAGGUGUUUCGAGGAUGAGGAGAUUGCUAUGGUUCUACCAAAUUGUAAGCACUUGUUCCAUGCGCAGUGCAUCAAUAUGUGGUUAAAGUCACACUCCACAUGCCCAAUUUGCAGUAGUACCUGCCUGAGGGUUGGUCACUUGAUCAACUCCUCUCAAAUGCACACAAGAAAGAAAAUGGAUGCACAUGCUAAGCAAUCAAACUACUGCACUCCUAACAGCGUCAAGGCAUGCAACAAUGGUCGAGCUGAUCGUAGGGAAAAAAACUUGCUAAGCAAGAGACCUGUUUUCAAUUCGUCAUAGGAAGCAACGAAGGAAGGAGGCGAUUUGAAACCAAAAAGAAAAAAGAAUCUGGUGUCUUGACUCUUGAAUUGUUUAUCAAAA